AUGUGGGCAUCGCAGCAUCAAGCACAUGACUGGCAUGCCUUGCUGUUGCUCGUGGUGACCUUUGCUGCAUUUGCCAGUGCUUCCUUGGAGAACAAUCGUUGCCGCGUAAUCCUAAACAAUCUGGGAACCGCCUUGAGCUGCGCAAUGCUGAUGCAAUGGCAGGAAAUUCAUGAAGUCUUUGCGUUUGACGGCUACGCUGCCAGAGUACCAUAUAUAGAGCAACACUUCGUCAUUCUAGUUGGCGCGAGUUUCUUCAUCUUGCUGGAGGUUGACCGUGUCAACGGCCGAACGAGGACACGCGAGGCCCUUCAGCUCAGCCGUCAGUUUCACGGCAGCAUUGCACAUGCAAAGUGUUCCAAAGCCUCCGACGGGCAACGUAUCUUCAUGGAAAUCGGCGAGAAGACGUCUGCAGUGGAUUAUGCGAUCCACGUGCUCCUUGCAGCUGGGAUGUCGACUCCGACGCUUCGCGAGGUGGCUCGUGCAGGAGUCGACAUACAGAAUGCAGGCUAUGCCGAGGUUGCUGUCCCUGUUUGGGCGUUCAUGACUAGCCUGGUGACUUGUGGCCACGUGGUGUUCGACAUCGUCUACAGAGACACCCCGUGGUAUUGUCUCUUCUUUGAAGGUAUCAGCUUUCUUGCUCGGGUUGCUUUGCUCGGCCUCUUGUGGCAAAGCGACAGGGAUGAAAGAUGCUUCAUCUUAAAGAUGAUGACCAAGAUUGUCGUGCUUUACGUACUUCUUGCCAGCCCAAUGGUGUUUGUGUGGGAGUGGAGGGCAUCUGAAAGGCAUUCUCCGAAUCGAGCUUGGUUUGUCAUGCCUGCCCUGGUCUACACGUCCAUCCUCGCUAUCUCUUGUCUUGGUAUGCGUCGCGUGCUGGCCUUGCCCGGGCAUGGGCAAUGCUUGCUACAACUCUUCCUGGCUCGCGGGCGCAGCAUCUUACCCAGUGCUCUUUCCUUCUGUGCCUUACGCCCCGACUCUGACUCGGAAAGCGAAUCUGCCGCAUCCUUGCUCUCCACGGACUACAGCUCGGAGUAG